GCGUUCGUUCCAGACCACCGUGAGUCCCUAGCGUAGCCGCCCGCACGCCAUCAGAGAGACCUAGCCGCCGCCGCCGCCGCCGGAAGCAGUGACUGGCCGGAGUCUUGUGGCCGUUCCCGACGGCGACCUGGUGAGAGCCGACCUCCCCUAGUCCCCUCGCCCACGGAGCCACGCCCAGGUUCCCGGCGGCAUCACUGUCUGCAGCCAGUUCGGCAACACUGCCCGUCUGGUCCGUCAGCGACGGCUCGACCGUGGAUUCAGGGGCGGCUUGCUCUGCCUACUUGCCUCCAUCGCCUUGCAGGUGGUCAACGGCUCCGGCGCCGUGCUCUGGUCGUCCGGCUGCUGCCAUCUCUCUCAACUUCUGAAGAAAUGAAGAGAAAGACUUUACACUGUUAUUUUGGAAGCAAGUCAAAUGUCUCCCUGUUGUUCCCGAACCCAACACUGUAUGGUCAAACAUAGAAAGAAGGGACUUUUUGGCCAGGGCAGAGCAAACAAGAGGCACUUUAUCAAUUAGCCUUGAAAGUUUUGCUGUGAGAAAAGGGAGUGCAGGGAGCAGUUCAUGGCCGACGCGGGGCGCAACCAGCGCCGAAGGGGACGCGCUCCCGGGGCAGCUUUCGCCGUUGCCGCGGAAGACGACGGGGAGGAGCACCAGCUCAACCCUUUCCUCUCGGACGCGGCGCCCUCGUCCUCGAGAGUCCAGUUCAGGAAUGUGGCGUCGCGGGCACGAUGGGUGGAGGAGGCUGGUGCGGCGGAGGUGUUGGACAACAAGGGGAAGCUUUGGCUGACCACCGGCAUCACACGGGGUGGCAAGCUGUACUACAAUGUCGAGGAGAUCGGGUUCUUGGCAGAAAGAGGGGCGUUGGUUCUUCUCGAUGACAAGGAUGUAACUGUAGGAAUGGAGGAAAUCUAUCGAAAGAUUGCAGGGGGGAGUUAUGGGUGCUCCUGGCUUACCUUCCAAGCUUACAAGCACUUGAAGUUGCUUGGCUACAUUGUUGGGCGAUAUGGUGUUCCCUGGACUAUUAAGCAUAGCCGUUCUGGUGAAGUUACUGAUUCCCCUGAGAGUAUGGAUAACACAAACUUGAGCUUUGGUAGAGCCGAUGCUGCCCGCAAUGACAUCACCAAAUUGCUCAAAGGAAUACACAUAGACAGGAUGUACCCAUCCUUCGAAGUGCGUCUACCAAAUAGCAAAUUUAAGAAGUCAUCCCCAGGAGCCCCUAGCUUCCUUGUAUGCCUUUUAAGAGACAAGCCACCCUCAAGGGAUGAACUGGAAACCGUGGAGAACAAGUUUGGUGGCAUUCCUCUUAAAUUCUGCCAAGUUGAUAAUGGACGUAUCAGCUUUCUCUCCUUGGGCAGAGUUACACUUCCUACUUUGCCCUGAUAGAUAGAUGGAUAGCAGCAGGAAUGUUUAUUAGUUGUUCUGGUCCUGUAAGCUGUUAGCUAAGCUUGAAUCAUGGUGAAUGCUUCUGCUCCGGUUGCCCAGACUCUUGUCAGGACCAAGAGAGACACCAUAUAUAUCUUCAGGUUCUCGAGUUGCCUGGUUACUACUGAUGAUGUUGUUUCGGCUGGUGCAACAAGAGAUUUGGAUCUUCCGAGUGCGACAAAUGCCGCUCUUUUCCUUGUUUCUGGCUUGAUGUCUGGGUGUGGAGUUUGAAUGCUCAUGUGUAGCGAGCAUGCCGGAAGCAAACCGCAAUGCUAUAUCAGAUUUGCAGUGCAUAAAACAUGUUGUGUUCCAGCAAAAGAGAUCAUCAUACCGCUGUCA